UCUCAUUCUUUAUAUUAAUUGUCGGCUAUAGGUUUUAUCGAUUCAUUUCUCUCUGUUUUUAUUUUGUUUCGAUUUCUUUUCCUCUUGGAUUUGUAAUCGAAGAAAAUGGCGCUAGUUUCUUUCGUCGGAAGGGUUCUUUUCGCUUCCGUGUUCAUCCUUUAUGCUUGGCAAGAGUUCAAUGAAUUUGGUGUUGAUGGAGGGCCAGCAGCUAUUGCACUCAAAUCAAAAUUCAACGUCUUCUCAAAAAGUUUGACAUCACAUACCGGGUUGGAAGUGCCGGAGUUUGAUAUUAAGUAUCUAGUUGCUGCUGCUGUAGCCUUCAAGGGUGUUGGGGGUCUCCUUUUUAUCUUUGGCAGCACUAUUGGAGCUUUUCUUCUGGCUCUGCAACAGGUCACUGUUACCCCUAUAUUGUAUGACUUCUACAACUAUGACACUGAAAAGAAAGAAUUCGGCCAACUCUUUUCAAAGUUCUCACAGAACUUGGCUCUGCUUGGGGCAUUACUCUUCUUCAUUGGGAUGAAGAACUCAUCGCCGAGAAGACAAUUGAAGAAAAAGGCUCCGAAAACCAAAACAGUUUGAUGGAGGAACAUCGGGUAAACCAAGGGUGUAUUGUUCGGUUUCACU